AUGUUCGCUUUCGCUAUAGCUGGUCUACUCAUUUUCGUUCCCCAUGGUUCCGCUCAAAGUACAAACGCGAAGUGUGACCCGCAAUAUGCCUGGAUGAACAAUGCUAAGGGCCAGUCUCCGUGUCUGGUAACAUCUUGGCUGCGAACUACAUGUUAUACCGCUGCAGACUCCAGCAUCCCCGCGCUGUCGCCAAAUGGGACCAAUACGGGAAAGUUGUCAAUAGAUCCUUUUCCCAACCCCAUACCACCUCAUACGUCCGUGCCUGCAUGGGCGUAUGGCGACGUUGUGACUUCUAGCAAUUUCAAUGUCGCUCAGGCUGAGGCGGUAGCAAACUCCAAUGCUCCAGAUAGUUCCGCCAAGGCCGGCAUGACCGUUACUAGUGGCACCGCCGUCAUCGAUCCCAACCCUACCUCCAGAUCCCCCGCUUCAGUCACGGACUCGGGCUCUGAUCCCACAGGUACGGGAAGUGGAGACAAAAACCAGGAAGCGACCUCCAGCAAGAGUUCUAACGUCGGUGCCAUCGUGGGAGGCAUCGUCGGCGGGCUCGCGGGGGCCGCGCUCCUCGCUGGGGCUGGGUACUGGUUCAUCUUCCGCCACCGCCGAAACGGGGCGUCGCCCUCGGGUCCAGGAGAGGCGGAGAAGUACGGUGAACAGCGCUCGCAGGACGGCCGCGACGCCGCGGCCGACAAUGGACGACAUUCGUUCGCGUGGACUGCAGCCAAGCUCCCCGAGGCCGCGCCGCUGAUCUACGAUCCCGACGACCCACGGACGUUCCCUCCUCCGAUCUCCACGGACGUCUCUGCUACGUUCGGCCCGGGGGUCUCCGGCAUAGGGCACAACCCGGCCGAGUUCUCAGUUCCUGAAGCUCAAAGCACUUAUCACAGUCGACCGGAACUUUAA